AGCAUCAGAGUUUCGCAUCGGUCUUCUAUACGCUUUGUCUGAAGUGCGCGCGCAGUCAGCGGAAGGUCGCAGUGUUUGGCGAAAGUAUUUAAGAAACCGUUUAAACAUUACAUUUGUAAAUUAUUUAACUUCAUAAAUGAUGACAAUCAGGUGCUGUAUUGUUUUGCUUCAUUUGGUAAUGUUAAAUGAAGUGUCUCUGCAGAAUCCUGUUGUGGGUUUUAUUGGAGACUCUGCUGUUUUACCAUGUUUUUCUAAAGAAGGUCAACUUAAACGUCAAGAAAUCACCGUGCAUUGGAGAUACAAUGACAGUCUGAAUGUGUAUGACAUUAUUAAUGGUCAAGGCUCUGUAGAAGAACAACAUUCAGCAUACAAAGGCAGAGCUGAAACAUUUUCAGAUGAUUUUGAGAAAGGAAACUUCUCACUCAAACUCAGCAAUCUUCAACAUAAUGAUACAGGACAAUAUGUCUGCUACGAAUCAACAGUUCAAAGUGUGGCGCUACUUGUCAAAGAGAAAGAAAUAAGCAUCCAAGUACAAGAAAAGAACAAGCAAACAGAAGAAAAAGGGAACCAAGGAGCACAAUCCAGACCAGAGAAGAUCGUAACUCUAGGGGCUGUGCUUUCUGUUUUCAUUCUGCUCUGUAUUUGAAUAUUUACAGGAGAAGCAAUUUGCUUAUGAUAUGCUUAGCUUGUAGGGUGUUCUUUGGGAUGGAAUGAGCCUCCAACAUUUAAACAAUCUGCUGAGACCAAGAAACAGCUGAAGACGCACCACAUCCAUUAGCACUUGAAGUCGCAAUGAAAUCAAAAUGGACAAUUCUUAAUUUUUUUGAAUAUUGAACUAUUUAUUAUAAAUUAUUUAUCCGUGCACUUAAAUUUGUGUGCCCUCAUAAUCUUUAAUCAAAAUAACUUUCCCUUCCCCUUGCAACAACAUCUUUUCUCUGAUGACGUGUUUAUUUGCACGAUGACGGGAUCCACCUGUCAUUCACACGAGAUCACAGCAAUAGCAGACAACAACGAUCCAAUCAUUUCCUGAUGGACAAAAUCAUGUCCCACCCUACAUUUUUCUUGUUAGAGUAGCCAUUUCAGAUAUAUCUCAGAUAUACACGUUACAAUAGGGAAGAAAAACUAAUGCAACUUCCGUUACAUGCCAGCUUAAGCAACAUUUAAAAUAAUGGUCUAUAUGGCAACUUGUACUGCAGCCUAAAGGCAUUAUGUUAUUUAUUUUUAUCAAGUUAUU